CUGAGGCCUGGAAUUGCCAUCCUCCUGCCGGUGACUCUGACCUUCCAGAUCUAGGGGGGCCUGGGGAGCCCCCAAUCCAGCCUGGGCACGUCCCCUCCCCUAGGCCACAGCCGAGGUCACAAUCAACAUUCAUUGUUGUCGGUGGGUUGUGAGGACCGAGGCCAGACCCACCGGGGGAUGAAUGUCACUGUGGCUGGGCCAGACAUGGCUUAAGGGGAAUGGGGACUGGGGACAGGACCCCCCACCGCCACAGUCACUCAGCCUGUUUUUUGCCCUGACCCCAACCACUCCUCUUUGGAGAGGAGAGCUGGUGUCUGGAAUCUGGAUGGACUCUGGCUGGAUUUGGGAUUAAAUAUUAGAGGGUUGGGGGUAAACAGGCUGGGGCAGGGCAGCUAAAAUCCCCCCCCACUUUUUGUUUUUAAGACAGAGUCUCACUCUGUUGCCUAGGCUGGAGUGCAGUGGCCCAAUCUCAGCUCACUGCAACCUCUGCCUCCAGGGUUUGAGUGAUUCUCUGGCCUCAGCCUCCCAAGUAGCUGGGAUUACAGGCAUCUGCCACCACGGUGGGCUAAUUUUUGUAUUUUUAGUAGAGACGAGAUUUCACUGUGUUGGCCAGGCUGGUCUCAAACUCCUGACCUCAAGUAAUCCUCCCACCUCGGCCUCCCAAAGUGCUGGGAUUACAGGCAUUAGCCACCUUGCCUGGCCUAAAACCCCUUUCUGAAAUGUGGGUGGUAAGUUCUGCUCCGUGGAGUGCUCCAUAGUUUUUUUAAAUUAGAGACAGGAUCUCGCUCUUGUCACCCAGGCUGGAGUGCAAUGGUGUGACCUUAGCUCACUGCAGCCUCUAAUAACUGGAGUCAAGCGUUGAUCCUCCCGCCUCAGCCUCCCCAGUAGCCGGAACCACGGGCACGCGCCACCACACCCAGCUUAUUUCGAAAAAGUGUUUUUGUAGGAACAGGGUCUCAAAACGUUGCCCAGGCUGGUCUCCAACUCCUAGGUUCAAGCAAUCCUCCUCGGCCUCUCAAAAUGAGCCACAGUGCCUGGCCAAUAAAAGUUUCUUAAAUGAAUGGAUGGGUGGAUGAGCUGUGUAAGCGGCACAGCGUCUCUCCUGUGUCCAAGUCCUGAGCACACCCUACCCUCCUGGGACUGAGCUCAGAUCUCAUCUGGGGGAGGACAUUGAAGACCUGUAGGUACUAGGGGUCCCCUCCUAACAGCCCAACUUGGUAUCCCCCACCUCCCAACUCCAGAGGGUUCUUUCUCACCCCUCUGCAGCCCCCGCCAGGAAAGGGCUCCCUCCCCAGCACCUAGCCUCAGGGGGCCCCAGUAACUAGAAGAAGGAGGCAGAUGUGGUGCUUUUUGUUGUUGUUGUUGUUGUUUUGUUGUUUUGAGACAGAGUCUUACUCUGUUUCCCAGGCUGGAGUGCAGUGGCUUGAUCUUGGCUCACCGCAACCUCUGCCUCCUGGGUUCAAGCAAUUCUUCUGCCUCAGCCUCCUGAGUAGCUGGGAUCACAGGCACCCGCCACCAUGCCCAGCUAAUUUUGUGUGUGUGUGUGUAUUUUUAGUAGAGACAGGGUUUCACCAUGUUAGCCAGGCUGGUCUCGAACUCUUGACCUCAGGUGAUCCGCCUGUAUUGGCCUCCCAAACUGUUGGGAUUACAGGCAUGAGCCACCACUCCCUGGCCUGGUGCAUGUCUUUAUAAAUAACUGGAUGGGCAGGUGGCUUCACACCUCAGUUUGCUCAUCCAUUCAAUGGGGGUUCCACUAAGACAACCGAUGUGAAAACUCUUGGAGGGAGACCAGAGCUGGGGGCCGGGGGACAUGAUCCUUCCCCCCUACCCCCGCAACCAGCCCAUGAGCCUGGGACUACCACACUCCUUUCAGAGACAGCUGGAGCAUCAGCAACUUCCCCCCUGGAUACACACACACACAAAGAGCCCAGGGGCACCUGGCCACUCCCCCGCCCAGGGGAAGGAAGAAAAAGUUAUAAAGAAGUUACUAAGUUAACUUCUUUAAGUUACUGGUAACUGCUAGUCUUUGGGGGUGGGGUUUCCAACCCAUUCUCCCCAUCCUCCAGUGGGGCUGGAGGGCUAAGGACUCCUACAAGGAGGGGAGGCAGGGUAGCCCCCCAAUUCCCUGGAGGUGUGUACGUGGGGGUGUGGUGCACAUCGCAGGAUGCCCCCACACACACCCUGUGUCCUGUAGUCCCCCGGCACAGCCAGAGGCCAUACAGCCCUUUAGGAGGAGUAUUAGUGGGGCACCAGGCCCCCCUGUGACAAUAAGGAACCUCCCACAGCCUGCUCCUCCCUCUUCACACCCCCUUGGAGGUAAAAGGAGGGUCGGCCAGCACAGACUCCCAGGCUCCAGAGAGGGGAAGGAAGGGGCAGCAGAGAGGGGUCAGAAGGAGGGAGCUUAAGCCAGGCAGGGUUACUUGUCUCUGUGACUCCUUCCGCCUGGCACAUGCUGCCCAGCUAUGGGGACCUUUGACCUGUGGACAGAUUACCUGGGUUUGGCACACCUGGUUAGGGCUCUGAGUGGGAAAGAGGGUCCUGAAACCAGGCUGAGCCCCCAGCCAGAGCCAGAGCCAAUGCUGGAGCCGGUGUCAGCGCCGGAGCCGGUGUCAGCCCUGGAGCCGAUGCCAGUGCCGGAGUCGGUGCCAGUGCCGGGACCCAAGGAUCAGAAGCGCAGCCUGGAGUCCUCGCCAGCUCCCGAACGCCUGUGCUCUUUCUGCAAACACAACGGCGAGUCCCGGGCCAUCUACCAGUCCCACGUGCUGAAGGACGAGGCUGGCAGGGUCCUGUGUCCCAUCCUGCGGGACUACGUGUGUCCCCAGUGCGGCGCCACGCGUGAGCGCGCCCACACCCGACGCUUCUGCCCACUUACUGGCCAGGGCUACACCUCCGUCUACAGCCACACCACCCGAAACUCGGCAGGCAAGAAGCUGGUCCGGCCUGACAAGGCGAAGACACAGGACACAGGCCACCGCCGAGGAGGAGGAGGAGGAGCAGGUUUCAGAGGUGCCGGGAAGUCUGAGCCUUCGCCCUCCUGCUCUCCCUCCAUGUCCACCUAGGAGGCUGCCUACACCUGGGUAAGGGCACCCGGGCUCGGCUGGAUUUCCAGGAAGACCCACCCUAUGACGACUGCCCCCACUCCCAGACCCUCCCCCCAGCCUGGGAUUGAGCCCUGGGGAUGACCCGGGGUUGGCAAGGGAAGAGCUGAAAUCGCCCUGUCCUUGGGGACCCCACCCUUUGUGCCAUCUGCCGUCUCCCUAGUACUGGGCAUCCAGUCAGCCCUCAAUAAAUGCUUAUGAAUGGAUCAACAACA